AUGGAGGAUCAUAAUAAAACAAAACAUCCAAAAAUCAAGUGUAAGCUUUGUGAUGCAGACUAUGUAUCAAAUGAUGUAAAGCUGAUGCAGCUACAUAUUAAAGCUAAACAUUGUAUGAAGUGUGCAUUUUGUGAUAAAUCUUUUAUAUCCAUGGAUGAUCUAAAUUUUCACCAUAGAUACGAACAUCUAACAGUGGAGUGCUAUUUUUGUGGUAGUUACUUCAUGUCAAAAGAAGAGAUAGAUCAGCAUGUUAAAGUCGAACAUUGUUUCCAAUGCCCAGGUUGUAGUGAAUCGUUUAAAUCCAUCGAGCUCAGAAACUUUCACGACAAAAAUGUACAUCUGACGAUUAAAUGUUCACAUUGUGGUAUAUUAUUUAGGAAAGAUGAACAUCUACAGCAGCAUAUUGAAGACCAACAUAAAUUUGUAUGCGAAUGGUGUAAGAAACCAUUUAACUCUUCUGAAGAGAAAAAUUUUCACCAAGGAUGUAUAUAUGUAACAUUGGAUUGUUCUCAUUGCACUUUGUAUUUUCCAACAGAUAAACAGCGGGAUGAGCAUUUUGAGAAACAUCAUAGUUUGUUAAAAGAAUAA